CAACAGUGCACCUUGGAACUGAAAUAUCCUGGAGUUCCCCCCCUGGGUGUGGAAGGCUGAGUGGGAGGUGAAGAGAUGAAGGAAUGGAAGCAAAAACAAAGACGACACACUAAGGACUUGGACCGCACACUAAUGAGGACACAUUCAUUUCAAGGUUUUUUCCAUGGCUGGUCUCAACAACAGCUGCACUUUCUUGGACGACUUCUUGAAACGUUACUACCUGUCAGCCUCUUAUGGCAUCAUCUUUAUCGUGGGUGUGAUCGGGAACUUAACGUCCAUCACCAUCUAUCUGACAAAGCUGCGCCCGUGGAAGAGCAGCAGCAUCAUCAUGGUCAACCUGGCGCUUACGGAUCUCCUCUACGUCCUCACCUUGCCCUUUUUGGUCUACUACUACAGCAACGGGGAAUCGUGGAUGCUUGGAGACUUCAUGUGCCGCUUUGUGCGUUUUGCCUUUCAUUUCCACCUGUAUGGAAGCAUCCUGUCCCUGACCUGUGUGGCGGUUUUCCGUUUCUUGGUGGUGACCAAGCCGCUGAGGGUGGCACAGCUGCAGCAGAAGCAUUGGGGCGCUGUUGCUUGCCUGGUAGUCUGGAUUGUUGCUGCUGCUGAGGUCACACCAAUGCUCACUAUCAUAUCUCUGACCCAUGAUGAUAACAUGACUUUUUGUGUUGACUUUGCUAACACAGAAACAGACGGCAGCAUUAGGACAUAUAACCUGUUGCUCACUGCAUUUGGGUUUGCUCUACCCUUAGUGCUGGUGUUCAUCUUCUACAUUGGGAUUGUUAAACGGCUCGCCAGGGGAUCCAGCCCCACCUCUUCCUACAGGAUGCGUGCGCGCCGUGUGACCAUCCUCAUCCUGCUGGUGUUUGUCAUGUGCUACCUGCCUUAUCACAUCUUGCGAGUCCUGUGGGUAGAAAUUCGAAUGAGCUCUACAACCCAGUGCACAAAGUACAUAGUGCAUGCAGCGUAUAUUAUCUCCAGGCCUCUAGCAGGACUUAACACGUUCUUUAACCUGGCUUUGUACACCCUCUCAGGUGAUAACUUCAGGAAGGCCUUUCUGGACAUUUUUUGCCGGGAGCAAUGGAUCAGCAAGGCAAGAUCUCUGCUCCACCUGAACAUUAAUAACCGAGCAGAGAAUGGGACGCCUGCUGCAUGAAUAAAAUUCAUGCAGACCUGUUGUUUUUUGUAACCAAAAACCUCAACGAACACUUUCAGCUUAUAGAUUGUUACUUCGUAACUGGACAGUUGGUAUUAGAGCAGUUUCCACUGAGUUUACAUUAUUAGUGCAUUGAAUUAGCAUUCAUCCUUUGUUAUUUUAAUCUUGAUCUUCUGACUGUAUUUAUUAUAGGAAAGUUUGGGUGUGAGGCUAUAAUAUUUUUCUCAUUAUGUUUUUCCUUUCUUGACCAGUAUGCUGUUUUGUAUUUGCCCUGUAUAUUACAAUAGUUCAUACCAUGGGUCUGCAACCUUUACAAUCCAAAAAUACAUUUUUUUUCAUUCAGUUCAUCUAAAGAAUACCUUUGAGUCAGAGCUGUUACAAUAUCUUUUAAAAAAAAGCAACAUUCACAACUUUUAUUGUC